CACCACCUUAAGGUCGACUGGUAGAAAAUGACUUUGUCAUUUAGUCCGCCUAUAUACUUCUCUGUAUAUGAAGUGUUAAUAAAUAAAUAAAACUAAUAAACUGAAGAUUGAGAUAACCUAUGCGAUUAAAAACUCAAUUACGGCAUGUUAAUUUUCAGUUUCAAGGAUUAUCUAAAUAGUCUUUUGUUCAUAGUAAUUAGACAAAAGUACUUAUAUAAAUGAUGUCUUUCAAAUUAUUAAUCAUACUAUUGAGAGCUUUUGACGCGAUCGGUGAGCUGAAGUAAGUGUAGUUCAAAAUGAAAGCAGCACAGAACUUGUUUGGAAUUAUUUUGUUUAGUGUGUUUGCAGCAGCUAUUGCGGCUUCGACUAAGAAAAUAUUCCAUCUCUCACCAGAAUCAGGAGAGAAACUUGUGGAGGGUAUUAUAAAAUGCAUUGCAAAAUUAAAUUUUGACCCCUCUUUAAUUAAUCUCAUUAAAGAAGGGAAAUACUUCGAAGACGAGAGACUUAUUGAAGCAAUCAUCUGUAUGAAUGUAGAUUCAGGCGUUGGCACCGCAGACGGAAGGCUUAAAUUGGAUGCUGUGAUGGAGAGGAUAUUCUCAAACAACGCUGAAAUACGAAAGGGACUUGUACGUUGCGAAAAAGAGUAUGAUGGAACUCCAGUAGGAAAUUUAAGAGGAACACUAACAUGCCUUAAAGAAACUCUACCUUUUAAAAUUAGGUUGUAGUUUACGUUUCUUGAGUAUAGAUUUUUAUUUAAAAUAAAAUUCU